CUCUCAGGUAAGAAUCAUUAAAGCUAUUCAAAAUUCAACAUGUAUCACAUAUUGUAUGCCCAUUAAACAACAUACAGUAGUAUGCAACUUUGAUUCAAGAAUAAAACUAUUUUGAAUUGUUGGGCUGAGGCAAUGUUUGACUAAUGUUUGACCCCCCUGGGUAAAUCAAAAAUAAAUCUAAGAUGUUAAACAGUAAAUGGCAAUCAGCCCAUAUACUGUAUAUACAGCACAUUUCAUGUUCUGUCUUCACUCAUUUUUCAUGGUCAGCUUGAUUUCAUUGCCUAAAGGAAUAACUCAUAAGAAAGACAUACAGGUUUGGAAACACAUCAGGGUAAGUACAGUAAAUGAUGACAGAAUAUUUAUUUUUGAAUAAACUAUCCCUUUUAUCCAGUAUAACUGAUUGAAAUCAUGUAGCUAAUCUAUUACCAUCAUUUCUGUCAUUAGUUUAGUCACUGUUUGUUCCCACAUUGUCAUACCAUGUCUUCUUAAACAUGCUCCCCUCCUUGUGUUCCUUUUCCCACCUCAGAGCAGGAAGUGGGAUGGGUUGUUUGUGCCUGAUCGAGCCAGUGAUUGGCAUGUAUGCAUUUGCCAUGUUUAUGGUCUACCCACUGUUGCAGCAGUAUGUGUACCGUAGACUGUGGUUUGAGCUGAGCGGCACGCCCUACCCUGCUGAGAGCCUGUCCCACUGCUCAAACAACACCAAUGCCACCAUACACCAGGCAGUACAAAAGGAGACAUCUAUAUUCCUCCUUCAGAGUGAGCUGUGCUUCCUCAUCCCCAGUCUCAUAUCCACUUUACUCCUGGUUUCGUACAGUGACCACUGUGGGCGUAAAGUUGCCAUUGUUCCCCCUCUGGUGGGUGAUGCUCUCUUCGCCCUGAGUUACGUCUUAGUCAGUAGAUUCUCCUUCAGCCUCAAUUAUCUGCUAGCUGCCUCCUUCAUAGCCGGCCUGAUGGGAGGAGCCACCGCUCUGAUCGGGGGAUGUUUUGCCUAUCUGGCUGACCUUUGCGGAGAGGGCCCAGAAGGGCAGAAGACUGUCCGAAUGGCUCGUCUAGACAUGAUUCUUGGAGUGUUGUCUGGCUUAGCUUCUCUUUGUACUGGAUUCUACAUCAAAGCAGCUGGCUUCACCUGGCCUUUCCUUACUGCAGUCUUUCUGCAUCUCCUGAAUAUCCUCUAUGUGCUGGGGGUCUUGAAGGAGUCCCUUCCGAGUGUGUCCCUGUCAAUCUCCAGCCCAGGCUCUGUAGUCCCUCACCUACGCCAGUCUGACACUCUGAAUGCACAUCUGCAAGGUGUUUACCUGCUAUUUGCAGCCUCAACUCGGAGAAGGAACGUAGUGCUGUUGCUCAUGUUGGCUGCCUUUGCUUUUUUCAAGCUGGCUAUGCAGGGUGGUAUGUCCAUAUUUAUCUUGUAUGAGUUGAACACUCCUCUAUGCUGGAGUGAGUUGCUGGUGGGUUAUGGCUCUACUCUCUCCACUGCCAUCUACCUGGUCAGUUUUGCCGGUGUGACUCUGCUGUCCCGUUGUCUGCCUGACACACAUAUCAUCCUAGUGGGUUUGAUAUCUGUGGCUGCUGGGCUCACCAUGGCAGCGUUUGCAAAGUCAACCCUCCUUAUGUUCCUGGUGCGACUGCCUUUGCUGCUGUCCAUCAUGCCAACUCCUGUGCUACGAUCCAUGAUGUCAAAAAUAGUGUCUGGAUCUGAACAAGGUGCCAUAUUUGCAUGUGUAGCCUUCGUGGAGAUCUUGAGUGUCGGUGUUUCAUUUUCAAUGUUUAGCAGCAUCUACGCAGCUACACUGUCCUGGUUCUCUGGGUUUAGUUUCUUGCUGGCUGCAGGACUCACUCUUAUACCAGCUGCCCUGAUCUGUGUUAUUCUAUGUAUGCGUCUGGAUGUAUAUGAGGAGUCCAGCAUACUAACUGAGGAGAAUGCAGAAAACCAAGCAGAAAUCUUUGAGAUACCAGAGUGAAAUGGAAGUUGGCAGACUAUUUCCUCUAAAUGCCAUCCUGUUCCAAAUGCCGCCCUCAGACCUUGUAGUCCAUGUCGCAGUCUACACUUAAUGUGAUGUAAUGCUGCAUAUAAACUGUUAAGUAGUAUUCCACUUUGAAGUCUGCACCACUAUGGGAUUUGGAAAAAGACAUAUCAGGGUGUAUCAUGGCUACAAAAUGGUUGCAUAUGAGCACCCUUCUGAAUCCUAAAAUGACAAAUAGUCACCCUAAGGCCUACGGUCUUGUGGAUCCCACGGACAUGCACAAGCAGAAGCAGCAAGAUCACAAUCCACAUCAAAUGCUUCAUUUGGGAGACAGCCAUAUUGUGCUAACUGACUGGCACUACAUUGUUGCCCUCUGGUGGAAUGUUUCAAACCAACUCUCUGAAUAAAGUGGUAACUUACAAUUCCCAUGAAACCAUAAAGAUCUGGCCCUCUUGCUUUCUUAAUGAAUGAUUUUACUGAAAACUUUCUCAACUUACAUAUCAGUCUGAUUUAAGACAGUCAUGUCAUUCUCACAGGUGAAAAUGACUAUGAACACGUUUAAAAAGUAACAUUUUUGAAUUCAUGUUUUAUUCAUGUUGAUUGUAUCACAGUUUAUGCACACAGGAUAUUUACAGGUAGGGGUGUAAAGUAAUUGAGUAAAAAUACUUAAGUAUUAUACAUAAGUAUUAUUUUGUGGGAUUUGUACUUUACUCGAGUGAAAUUUAAACUAAAUACUUGUACUUUUACUUAAUUAGAUUUUCCAAAAAAUAGUACUUUUACUCCUUACAAUUUUAUUUCAACUUGAAAAGUACUCAUUACAUUUUUACUUGCAUUUACUUACAGUCUUACUGGACUGCUGCCGCUUUUUCAAUGCAUCUGACAAACGACAGAUUGGGAAAUGUCAGAGUGUCACAUGGCAGCUGUGCAUUGAACUAUUUGUGCGACUAGAGCACGCAUUGAGAAACGCUGAUGGUUUUUGUACUAAACAUUCUAAACACCUGCUACUUUUACAGAUUGGACAGUUUUGAAGUCAAAAAGGAUCAUUCACAUUACAAAUAUAUAUAUAUAUAUUGUGUUUAUAUAUAAACAAAAGGCUUUUGUAAUUAAAUGUGUACAUGCCAUUUAUUUCUACACUUGCCGUCAUAUUUAAAUCAUAUCUUAGAAUUUCUAC